AUGAAGCCAUUCAACCAAAGAAAGGCACAGGACGGUACUGUGCCUCCUACCUUCGGCUCGGGUGGAAGACCUCCAUUCCAAAAGUCAUCAGGACCACCAACAGGCGGCUUUCGUGGAGGCAACAACAACAGGGGGGACGAUAAUCGCAAACCCUUUUCAAGACCCUUUGGAGGUGCAGGCGCAGGAGCAGCAGUGUCCGAUGGAAGGCCUUUUAACAGGCAGCAAGGCGGCGGCGGCAGCAGCAGCAGUCAAUACCAUAAAGCAGGAGCACCUGACAGGAAAUCAGCAGCUUCAUCUUCUUCACAACCACCCGCUGCUGCCUCGUCGUCCGCAGACUUGUUCACAGAAGACGACACUGCCGCCAAGCCUGCCAAGGUCAAGAAACCAAAGGCCCCUAAGCCCCCUGUUGACCCCAAUGAAAAUAUCACACAGAGGGCUUUCAUCGGAGGACUGGCCCAGGAUGUGACUACGGGAGAUGUGGAGGGGCGCUUCAAAUCAUUCGGCUCUCUCAAGGACGUUUAUCUGGCAAAGGAUGUUGACGGCAGCUGUCGUGGAUUUGGAUAUGUCACCCUGGAUACUACACGGAAGGACUGGUCAAAAUGCAUGGCCUUGUUCAAUGGUGCCAAAUGGAAGGGCAAUGUCUUGAAGAUCGAGGAGGCAAACAAGAAUUGGCAGUCAAAGUAUGACAAGUUGCACAAGAGGCAGAAACGGCAGGAGGAUCUCGAGGUGCAGGCAAAGAUGGAAAAGAAGGAGCAGGACGCUAUUGCGAAAAAGAUCAGGAGGAAUCCCACCAAAUACGCCGAGGACAUGUCGCUCAUUACCGAGAAGAACAUGGAGGGCAAGCGUGGCUGGAAGCGUGGGCGGUUUGGACGACCUGUGAUCACCAUGAAGCUCGAUAGGAUGACCUACGACCCUUCGCACUAUAAGAACAAUGCCGAAAAGCUCUUCAACCUUCAAGCGACACCUCUGCCAUUGAAUCAGCUGAUUUACAAGAUCGAUGAGAACGAGCCCGUCCCCAAAGGGAAGCACCUGCCAUCUGAGAUUGCCUUGGCCCCAUUCCUCGCAAGAUCAAAACCCGCACCGGUACCAGCAUCAGCAGCAACGACCAAAUCUUCAGUGGACAAGAAGGAGCGGACACCUGUUGCAUCGUCUUCAUCAACGGCAGCAACAUCCUCAGAGUCAUCACGCCAAGUGCCCCUCAACAAGGUCGACACCUCAGGCGACCGAGCCAUGAUGGCCUCAGUUUUGGCAGGACUGGAUAUGAGUCCCCGCGCAAUGUCACUAGACGGAUCUGAUUUCGAGGAUAACGGCGACGUAGAUGGUGGAUACAUGGAGGACUUUGGUGGAAUGGGUGGCGAAACCAAUGCCGACGACCUGUUUGGAGAUGUCGCCAUGGAUGACGAGCAACCUACCAAGAAGAUCUCAAAGGCCGAGCGGGACUCGAGGCCCGAGGAUUUGUUUGGUGAUGAUGACGACGAGGAGGAUGAAAGGAACAGACCGUCACUUGAUUUCUUGGACGACGAAGACGAGAGCGAAGGAGAAUACCAGGAGGACGGAGACGAGAACAUGGAGAGUGAGGGUGAAGAGGAGGAUGACGAGGACGAAGAGGAAGACGAGGAAGACGAUGAGGGGCUGGAUGAGGAUACCAUCAAGGCGAUUGCACAGCUCCAAGGAUCAUCCUCGUCUAGCGGUGGAGGUCUCUUUGACUCUGACGACGACAACGAGGGAGCAAGAGACGACGGCGAUCAAGAUACCAAGAGCGACGAUGAGGACGAGGCCGGCGCCACCAAAUUUGCUGAUGAGUCGAAUACUGCUCGUCUGAAGGCGUUGGAGACCCGUGAGGCAGAGCUGGAAGCAGUCCGCGGCAAACAGCAACAAUUGAUCGCAUCGACUCUGGCCAACAUUGACUCAACGGACAAGAAGGCUGGACACGUUGUGUUUGAGGACUCGGAUGACUAUGACAGCGAGGACUAUGAGAAAUUGGAGGCAGACCACGAAAAGAAGAUGGCCAAGCUGAACAAACCUCUCAAGAGUAUAUUCGACUCUGAUUCUGGAUCGGACUCGGAGGAAGGAGAGGCACCCAAAAAGCGUAGGGGUGUGAAGGAGAUGUUUGGUUCUGAUGAUGAAGGAGAUGAUUCCGGACUAGGUGCCAAGUUUGGUGAGCCAGAUCUGGGAAUCAAGGAGCAGUUUGAGGGUCCUGGUGGUAAAGCGCUGUUCAAGAUGCAGACCAAGAUCGGAACAAGCGAUUCUCGUUUCCAACUGACAAAGGACUUCUUGGACGAACGGAUCCGCGAAGAUGACGAUAUCGAUUUCAUGGCACACAAGGAGCGUUUGGAGGGUGAAGAAUAUGCUGAGGGAGGAGCUGGUGCCGCAGACAUCAUCUUAGACGAGGAACGUCAGGUCGAGUCCAACGUCACAGCCGAAAAGUUGCAGGCCUUGAAUGUUCUUCGGGCCAUGUUUGGAGAUUCUGCAGUGCGGAGCAAAAAGAAGGAGGAGGACUCUGCAAGAAAGGCUAAGGGUGGUGUUGGGUUCACGACGGGUUUGACGACUCGCUAUGAUCCUGAUGCUGAGCCUGCUCCUCCUGCACCGGCCUCGGUCGAGUCCUCGCCGGAGCCUGAUGAUUCGAAGCUGACUGUGUUUACGGAUUCGGAGCCUGAGGAGGAGCCCACCAAGGACGAGCCUAUCAAGGAGGAGCCCGCCAAGUCUCUCAAGAAGUCUGUCGGAUUCUCGUUCAGAUCCGAUGAAGAUGACCUCAAGCCGGAGGGCAAGGAGGAACCCGUCAAGCCAGUCAAGAAAUCUGUUGGGUUUUCGUUUGGAUUCGACGAGGAUGACCUCAAUGAAGAUAAGGAGCCAAGCAGCUCAACUACCGCCGCUCCCGUCAAGAAGGAUACAGAGAUCACGACAAAGUUCCAGGUCUCUUCAGAUCUCAAGUCCCUGUUUGCACCCACAGAAGGAUCUUUCAAGAUGUUUGGUGGUGGUGAUGAUGACGAGGAAGAGGAUGAAGAAGAGGACCUUCACGGAGAUGUCGAGGAUGAUCGUAUGGAUCAUGAUGACCGGGACGAGGACACGAUCGUGACAGCCUACACCGAUGGCGCCAGGACGAUCUUUACUAGUGGCGCUGAUGCUCUCAACAGAGCUCCUUUGUCGCACUCUGGAUCCCUCUUCUUCUUCCACUUCAAGAACCCGUCCUUGCUCAAGAGGUCCAACUUCAAGACGAACAACAAGGUCUUCAUGAGAACUGGAACAAUGGACGAGGUGACGGCCAACUGGGAAAAGACAAGGCACACAAUGACCCAGGAGUUCAAGCGGAAGCACAAAUCUGCAGCCCGCAACAAGGCCAGAGCAUCCAAGCGCUUCAAGAAGAAUUCUGGCCCAGAAACCUCCAAUCACCUAUCAUAA